AAAUUAGCAAGUAGACUUUUCAAGCUUUUGAAGUUAUAGCUCUGCAUUUUCAAGCUUUCCCUGAAAAGGUAUUUCUAAAUCAUCGAAUUACCCAUUGAGGAUUGUAAGGGGUAAUAAUGUGCAUCUAAUCAAGGUACUAUCCCUACUAUGUAGAUCUUUAAGUUCAUUUGACUGAAACGCCUCCAUUUUUAACAAAACGACGGUCGAAAUGUCAUUUUUCUAGCCCCCCAUUGCCCAUGGCAUUCCCCAUUUUGUGUAGGCCUACCCAUCCUUUUCUUCCAAGGUGCAUCUAGCGGUAAGAGUCAGGUGAGAUUUCUGACGACGUGAUGGUUCGCCAGAUGGAGGUGACGGCAGGUGGGCACACGCAUUGGAUUGCGUGGCUCAUUCGAUCACCGUCGCUCCGACAGAACGUCGCAACAGGUGAGAUCAUCAGCGUGAACAGCCGCCAUCAUGGAACGCUUGUUCAGGAAUCCCCGCAAAGUUAUGAUUCAGAUGGGAGCUGCUGCUUCUGCCUCACUGUCCUUCAUGAUCCUGGGGAUGGUUCGUGCUUGGUCCAGUCCCGGUAUGCCGUCGCUGAUCAAUUCAAAGGCAAUUCCUCUUACCGAAUCGGACAUUUCAUGGAUUAGCAGCAUCCCGCCACUCGCCUCGCUGGUCGGAAGUUUGUUGGCUGGACCUUGUCUAACUUACCUGGGCAGAAGGCGGACCUUGAUGCUGAUUUCCAUUCCGUACAGCCUGGGAUUUCUGUUGAUCGGCUUCGCUUCGCACGUUUCGAUGCUUUACAUCGGACGAAUCCUGGAUGGAGCCAUGAUUGGCUUUACCGCGCCAUCAGCACAAAUUUUCAUUGGCGAAUGUGCAUCACCCCGAGUGCGUGGAGCCCUUGGAGCUUUCACCGCCAUCUUCCUUUCGUUGGGUAUUUUGAUCACCUACAUCAUCGGGGCUUUUGUUCCCUGGAACGUCUUGGCCUGGAUUCUGAGUGCCUUUCCAGCUCUACUCUUCGUCGCCAUGUACUUCAUGCCCGAAACGCCCACCUGGCUCCUGUCGAAGAACCGCGAAGAGGAAGCCAGGAAGUCGCUGCAAUUCCUGCGAGGAGUGCACUCUGACGUUAGCGUCGAGUUCGAGCGCUUGAAGGCUAACAUGGCCAAAGGUACCAAUUCGCAGCAGAUCCAACCCAAAGAGCUGCUGAAAGGAUCCGUCAUCAAGCCCCUUUUGCUCUCGAUGGCCCUCAUGUUGCUCCAGCAGUUCAGUGGCAUCAAUUCCAUCAUUUACUUUACCGUUUUCAUUUUCCAGAGAGCCGGGAGCACCCUGGACAAAAAUUUGGCCACCAUUAUCGUCGGUAUUGUGCAACUCUUGGCCACUAUCGCAUCCAUGUUUUUGGUGGACAGGGCCGGGCGACGAAUUCUUCUUCUAGUUUCUGGCGUCGUCAUGGCAAUCUCUCUGGCCGCCCUGGGAGCUUUCUUCUACAUGGUCGAAAUCUACGGACAGGAUGUCCAGCAAACACUCGGAUGGCUUCCGCUGGCCAGUUUGAUCCUCUUCAUCAUCGCCUACUCCAGCGGUUUCGCCAAUGUUCCAUUUCUCAUCAUGGGCGAGCUGUUCCCAGCCAAAUUUCGGAGCAUUUUGGGGUCUCUGGCUUCUUGCUUCAAUCUACUCUGCACGUUCACAAUCAUUCGGAGCUUCGGUGACAUGAAUAAGACUCUGGGCGAAUACGGGACCUUUUGGUUCUACAUGUCCUGGUGCGUUGUGGGCGUUUUCUUCGUUUACUUCUGCCUGCCGGAAACUAAAGGCAAAUCGUUUGACGAAAUCGAGCGGAUGUUCGCCAACAAGAAGAAGCGGCAGCUGUACGCCGAUGAAGCCGAGACGGCCGCCGGUCCGGCGGCGGACCGGAACGAUGUAGUCGCUGUCGAAACUGUUGUUCGCGCACCGAUCGAAGAAAAAUUAUCGCAGCCACACUCUUAUGGCGGACACGAUUUGGAGAGUGAAGCGGAGGACAACGGAGAAGUUGUGCCCACUCCACUUUAGAAGUUGCCAUUCAACUAUAGCCGGAUUCAAAUUUCAAAAUUUUAUCGUAAUUGCACUUUUAUCUCUGCAUAUUUUAAGCAGUCUUAACGAAUAAUGUACAUCAUUGUAAGUUAUUGUUUGUAUUGUGCGUCGGAUGCAAAUGUCGCGGUGCCAAUAUUUUUAUCGAGUUGAUGUGAGAGAUUAAGUAGAACAAUUUCGUGAUUUUAAUGUCGAAACGACGAGUUCAUUCGCUCUACUCAAUGCCUAAUUGUAUCAAUGGAUUUCUUGCAAAGAAUAGAGAACAGAAUCUUUUUUAUA